AUGGAAGAAAAUCCAACCUCAGAAAAGAUGGGCUUUGGGCCGUCCUUUGAGUCCAAGCAGCCAUUUCCGCCCUUGAUGGACGGGUUGGUAUCGCCCACAGAUGCACAGGGAUCGUUUCCCGAAGAUGAAAGCGUCACGUCCCCUAGCUACGACGAGGUCGAGGUCGAGGACGAUGCCGAUUUCCAGUCUCACUAUUCUCUCGAUCCCCAAACAUUAUCCGAUUCAGAGUCCGAUGACUCGGCCGACGAAAUUGGGCGCGAUCAUCCAUUCAGACAAUCCUCCAGCUCCCUCCACGGGCCCAAUGCCUUUGCGCCCCCCUUUUACAAUCGGCCGCCCACGCCUCUGCCACCCUCUCCUUCCCUGACAUCUUUGCUUCGGCCACCAUUCUCUACAACAACUUCACGUCCUACGACACCAGAUAGCUCUGAUGUGGAGACUCCAAACGACACGGAGGCUGCUGUGGCCAAGUCGGCCCGGCGUGCAACCACCGUUCCCCGUGCGAGCCCCAAGGUCCCGACCUACGAAUACUACGGAUUUGUGCUCUACUUAGCUUCGUCACUUGCUUUUUUGUUUUAUCUAUUAUGGUCAUAUCUCCCGUCGCCCUUCCUUCAUCAGCUCGGAAUUUAUUACUACCCGAACCGUUGGUGGUCUCUGGCCAUCCCGUCCUGGCUGGUGAUGUCCAUCGUUUAUAUCUACGUCGCGCUCGCCUCGUACAAUACAGGAUACCUCACCUUGCCCAUGAACAGCAUUGAAAAUAUUGUUGAUGAAGUUGCCAAUGUCGCGGUUAUUGAUGGGAAGGCGCGACGAAGACCUGGUGGAGCGACAAAGAUGAAGCCUGGUGCUACAUCUUUCCAGAUUAUGGGCCCGCAAAACCGCAAGGUCAAUUGGUGGGAAAUAUGGAGUGAGGGUACAGAUGCAGUCAUGGACAUUCCGGUUGGUGGUGUAUGUGAGGUGUUAUACGGACAGGAUCGCGACGAGGAUGUUUUCGACUCUUAG